UGCUGAGUUCGACAGAGGGGGUGCGCUCUGCAGGUCAGAAACAACUCACCAGACCAGGAAUAAAUCCACCCAUCGGGCCUAAAAACUUAAUAUUUCCACCAAAUCCGCGCUCACUUCAAGCUAACAUCAUGGCUGCUGCCAUCGUCUCUGCGUUCUUUGAUUACGACGAAGUGCUGAGCAAAAACACCAAGAUGUUCAACUUCAACAACACCUUCAGUGGCCCCCCCUCUAGCGCAGGUGUCCCCCCCAGCCCCCCUCCCACCGGCCCCCUGCUGGACAGACGGGCUGUGGGCUCUCCCCCCUCCUCUUCCUCCUCCUCCUCCUCUUCCUCCUCCUCCUGCUCCUCGGCCGGGGGAAUCCACCAGCGGAGGCACUCUGCCAACGCCCUGAGCUUGCCCCCACCCCCGGGGGCCCGUGACCCACGCCUACGGGAGCGCUGUUAUUCCGAGACGGGCGAUCGUCUCCGGGCCCCCGGGGCUGGAGGAGGCGGCGGCGGCGGCGGCGGCAGCACCCUGGCCGCCAUCGCGGCGGCGUCGGGCCUCGGCCCGGUCAACUCCAGCCGCUACAAGACGGAGCUGUGCCGCCCGUUCGAGGAGCACGGCGCCUGCAAGUACGGCGAGAAGUGCCAGUUCGCCCACGGGCACCAGGAGCUGCGCAGCCUCAGCCGCCACCCCAAGUACAAGACGGAGCUGUGCCGCACCUUCCACAGCAUCGGCUUCUGCCCGUACGGCCCGCGCUGCCACUUCAUCCACAACGCCGAGGAGCGCUGCGGCCCCAUGCCCCCCAACAGCGCUGGCGGCGUGGGACGCAUGAUGCCGCCGCCGCCCCUCGCCAACCGCCCGCGUCUCCAGCACAGCCUCAGCUUCGCCGGGUUCCCCAGCGCCCCCUCCCUGACCCCCCCGCCGAGCCUGGCGGCCGACUGGCCCAGCAGCGACCCCUUCGCCCUGCCCAGCCAGGAGCUGGCCCAGCUGUUCGGCUCCGGCCUGGCCGACGCCCCCCCGGUGCUGCGUCUGCCCGCCGUGCCCUGCCCCCCCGACUCGCUGUCCGACCAGGAGGGCUACCAGAGCAGCCUGGGCAGCCACAGCGGCUCCGAGUCCCCCGUGAUGGACGCUGCGCGUCGACUGCCUAUCUUCAGCUGGCUCUCCAUCUCCGACGACUAGAGAGAGAGAGAGAGAAUGAAAGAGAAAUAGAGAAAGAAUGAAAGAGAAAUAGAGAAAGAAUGAGAAAAAAGAAAGGAAGAGUGAGAGUGAGAGUGAGAGAGAGAGAGAGAGAGAGAGAGAUAGAGAGCACUUUCCUCCCCGUUCUCCCCUUCACCCCUGGCCUUGUUUACAGAUGACAGAAGGACAGAGAGGUGCAGUGUUGUAGCCAUCAAGUCCAAUCGGGCAGUCCAAACCCACCCCAACCCACCCCAGCCCACUUCCCUUGCGGAUCCCCCCCCCCCCCGUCUAUCGCUGAAGACCCUACUGGCCACGAGGGUCCUCCCCCUCUCCUUUGUUUAUGGACGGCAACAAGUGACCAUGAGAUCACGAUCCCAGCGUCACGUCAUUCUUGUGCCAAACGGAGUGUCAACGGUCCAUGUAGUCUCAUACCCUGUGUGUGUGUGUGUGUUUGUUCUUGUGUGAGAAAAAUGUCUCUGUGUGUGUGUGUGUGUGUGUGUGUGUGUGUGUGUGUGUGUGUGUGUGUGUGUGUGUGUGUGUGUGUGUGUGUGUGUGUGUGUGUGUGUGUGUGUGUGUGUGUGUGUGUAUCAUUAGUGCCCCUGUCCUCCAUGGCCCCUUAGUUCAGCUGAUGGGUAAACCAAGAGGGACCAUGGAGAAACAUCAAGUGCCUUGAACUAUCCAUUACUCUGACACGAAUGUGUAUGUGUGUGUGUGUGUGUCUGUGUGUGUAAGGAUUACAUGGACCAGCACAACAUAUCCAUCCUCUCCUGGCCAUUUUGGGAAUACACACAUGCAAGCAGACAUACACACACACACACACACACACACACCCCUACACACACACAAAUACAGACUUCUUGAAUUUCCUUUUCAACUCACCUGGAAGAUUCACGAAAAAUAAAGAAUCUUCGGUGCUAUGUUUGCCAUCACCGCGGCAACAAUCCCUAAAGUAUGUGAUGCCUUAUACUAAAAAAGCUAUACAGUAGUAAAUUGUUUUGAAAGAUAUUUAAUUUAAUUUGGGGAGGGAAAGUUGGAUGUGAACCAAGUUCAACCUUUAAGUCACCCAGUAGGCCUCAUUUACAGCCCUCUUUUGCCUUUAAAGUUGUGGUUUCUCCCACUACUGUCUGUGGCCCAGAAAAACACACCAAGUGUUUAAAACAAGUUAAAAAGAAAAAAAGAAAAAGAUGAUCCUAUGACAUUCCUCCAGAUGCCACCCCAUAAUAUUCUAAUACUAUCAGUACUAUAUUAUUAUUAUUAUUAUUAUUAUUGUUGUUAUUAUUAUUAUUAUUAUUAUUUUGUUCAGAAGAAUUUUUGGACGCAAGGUUUUGCUUGUCACUGCUUAUUUAACUUAUCAAAAUGUAUUUAUUGCUGAUUGUAUGCAUUUUUAUUUUGUUUGUAUUUAUCUGGAUCAUGACGAUAGAAUAUAUUUUUUCUUUUAUGUUAAAUUAUGAUCUUCCGUAUCAAGAUUGACCUGCUUUUGUUUUUAUUUUUUCACAGUUAAUAUAUUAUACUGCAAUUACAUUUUGUAACUACACUUUGAUUUUAUUUUAAAGUGAAUCUUAAUUUAAAGACAGAAUGCAAUAUUUAUUCGUUUCAUCCCUUGAGGCGGACUUCAGUUUGAGGUUCUUUUUUGUGUCACUGUCACACCCGUGCUAUCAAUGGUUUGCCUUGACAAUACGUCCUAUUCCUGAAUGCAAAUUGCCUUGAGUGGGGCAGACCAAUCAAAAGCAUGAUUGUAAAACAUCCCCCUCCACGAGAACCAAUCAACUCCGCCCAUACCAGUUGAGCAGUUAUGAAUGUAUCUGUGACAUAACCCCUUUCCCGUUCCCUUGUAAAAGUUCAAACAGGGACUUUGACCAGAACACUGAAUGUAGUUCACUCUUGUAUUUAGUUAACCUUGAAAUUUCUGUAAGCUACAUUCAUCCUCUACUUGACAUAAGCAUGAAGUUAUUGUUAAUUAGCAGGAAGAAAUCGUGUCUUCUAAAGCUCUCAAAUGGGUCUUUUUAAACAUGAAAUUUAGCAUCAGACUUUACUAUGAUUUUAACAGAUUGAAACACAGUAGAACAAGCUAAUGACUGUCCUUCGUAAUAUUGAUUAUGUAGUGCAUUUGAACCACCCUCAGCAGCUGUUAAGUGCCUACCAACACAUUCCAGAGGCCACUUUUUACCGUGCCUUUAUAUACAUUUUGUAAUUCAGAGCUGGUUAAUAAUUCCUAGUUGAUGAGAAUAAGGUUUACAACAUUGACAUUAAAAGUACCUGUUGAAUGUCUUUGUUCUGCAACAGUUGCUGUUCACCACACAAAUUAAUUCCUUUCAUAUUUUUGUAGUGACAGAUUGCAGUUUAAGACCAAUAAAAUACAUAUUUCUAAAAAUAAAA